AUGACAGAAGGCGAAGGUGGAGUUGUGAUGAUCAAGCGGGCGGAGAUCGAUACCAGGGCGCCAUUCAGUUCGGUGAAAGAGGCGGUCGCCUUGUUCGGGGAGAAAGUUUUAGCCGGUGAGCUUUAUGCCAACAGACUCAAGGAGAUGUAUGGUGAAGCAAGUGGAAAUGGUUCAUCCAGGCUGGGAACCAUGACGGCUGAGCUGGAAGAGACAAAACAUAAUCUUGAAAAAGCCAUAGAGGAGAGUAUGACAAUGGCGAAUUGUCUGUCUUCGCUUAAAGAGGAGCUAGAUAGAACAAAGAGAGAACUGCAGAAAAUGAAGGAACGAGACCCAGACCAAGUGAAGAAAACACAAACAUGUAAUGAACAAGGAACAGAGUUCCAAAAGAAGAGAUACGUGACAUUUGCAAAUCCACCUUCUUUGGCUCAAGUUAUUAUUCCACCAGGUUUGGAGAAACUCGAGAGGCACCCUUCACUAAGAAAGAAGAAGGAGAAGCCAUUCAUUCCCCUGAUUGGAGGGUUAUUCUCCAGGAAAAAAAGAAACCCAGAAAUUGCAUCACCAUGAAGUCCCUCAAUCACUCCAUAGUUCCAACAAUAAUUAUCAACUGAACCCUUUUUCUUUUCUUUUCUUAAGUUCCAUAGUUUUCCUUCUUUAUACACUUGUAAGUUGUAGCAGGGUAAGUCAUAAGCAGAAUGAGACAGUUUUAUAAGAGAGCUAUGUAAUAAAGUUCACAGUUGGAUUU